AUGAUCUCCAAUCGCAAAGGCCGCUCUCUAACAACAACAAUUGUUCUCCUUAUCACUGCAUAUCUCUUUCUAGUCUGGUUACCACUCAGUCGACUUCAUGCCUGGCAGCAUAAACACCCAAGACCAACUCCUAUACAAAACACGAUCAUCUCGCAAGACACGAUCCAUUUAAACACAGCGACCGAGAGGUACCCCGUCACCUCAUACAUUCCUUUACCGACAUCUCCAUCUCCAAUUCCCAAAAUCCAACAUGACUUUCCACGCGAGUCCAGACCCGAGCGCAAGGCAAGAGUCAAGAAACAAAAGGCCAUAAAGGAGGCUUUCAUGCACUCCUGGAAUGGCUAUAAAGACCAUGCCUGGAUGCGAGACGAGGUCUCGCCCCAGACUGGUGGAUAUCAGGACUCGUUCAGCGGGUGGGGUGCUACCCUGGUGGAUUCACUAGAUGCACUGGUUAUUAUGGGCCUGGAUGAUGAACUCGAUUUGGCCCUGGAGGCUUUGAAUGAGAUCGAUUUCACGACCACCCGCAGCGCCCAAGUGAAUGUCUUUGAAAUCAUUAUCAGAUAUAUGGGUGGUUUUCUAGCUGCUCACGAUCUAAGUAAUGGCAAGCACCCGAUUCUCCUCAAGAAAGCCGAGGAACUGGGUGAGAUGAUCUUUAAUGCGUUCGAUACGCAUAAUCGGAUGCCCCAAAUGCGCUGGGACUGGUCCAAAUCUGCCCAAGGCGAAGAAAUCGAGCCAUCGGAGCGCACGAGUCUGGCAGAGUUAGGCUCUUUGACCAUGGAAUUCACUCGCUUGUCCCAACUAACCGGAAAUCCCAAAUAUUUCGACGCCGUCCAGCGCAUCACAAACGAGCUAGAACGCGGCCAAUCAAAGACCCGAAUCCCCGGAUUAUGGCCAUUAUACGUCAACGCAAAGGAUCUGAAAUUCGACUGGUCUCAAUUCUCCCUCGGUGGCUCUGCUGAUUCGACGUACGAGUAUCUACCCAAGGAGCACAUCUUGCUUGGUGCGCAAACGGACCAAUACCGCAACAUGUACGAGGAUGCUAUCGAGGCGAUCAAGGCCAAGCUUCUUUUCCGUGCCAUGACCAAGGACGAAGACAAGCAGAUCCUCUUCACUUCGAAUGUCCGUGGACUGAAGGGAGGAGCCCUCCAUGGCGUGCAGUAUGUUCAAGAUCACCUAAAGUGCUUCUUGGGUGGCACCGUUGGUUUGGCAUCCAAGAUUUUCAACCGAACUGAAGACCUCUCUAUUGCUCGCGGUCUUACGGACGGUUGUAUUUGGGCGUAUGACUCGAUGCCAACGGGCAUUAUGCCCGAAACGCUAGAAGUCAGUCCCUGCGAAGAAAUUGAGAAAUGCCCAUGGGAUGAGGGUAAAUGGUACGAAGACGUUCUCGGCCAGCCAAUUCACUCGAGAGAGCAUCUCGAGAGAGCGCAGCAAGAAGUUGAACUUGAAGGAUUUCCGCCCGGUAUUGUCGGGAUCCCAGAUCCGACAUAUAAGCUUCGACCCGAGGCUGUCGAGUCUAUCUUCAUCAUGUACCGUAUCACUGGCGACAAAUCGCUUCAAGAUGCGGCGUGGCGCAUGUUCCAAAGCAUUGACAAGGUAACACGCACAAAGUAUGGUCACUCCGCUAUUGAAGACGUGCGCAACCCUCUGCCAAAGAUGAGCGAUAAAAUGGAAAGCUUUUGGCUUGCCGAGACGCUCAAGUAUCUGUACUUGAUCUUUUCUGAGCCUAGCCUUGUCAGCUUGGACGAGUAUGUUCUGAGUACCGAGGCGCAUCCAUUUAAGCGACCGUCUUGA